GCCGUGACUGGGCGGAGAGGCGGCGGCUCGAGAUGGCUGAGGUGGAAGAAACACUGAAGCGAAUUCAGAGCCAAAAAGGAGUGCAAGGAAUCAUUGUUGUUAAUUCUGAAGGUAUUCCUAUCAAAAGUACUAUGGACAACUCCACAACGAUUCAGUAUGCGGGCCUCAUGCACAGCUUCAUCAUGAAGGCAAGGAGCACUGUGCGAGACAUUGAUCCCCAGAAUGACCUCACAUUCCUGCGGAUCCGCUCCAAGAAAAACGAGAUCAUGGUUGCACCAGAUAAAGACUACUUCCUGAUUGUCAUCCAGAAUCCAACUGAAUGAUUACACUGACUUGGUCUGUUUCUUUUCCCUUUGCCCAACUGUUUUUUUAAUUUAAUGGUAAAGAAUAGAGCAUUACUGUUAACUCUGGUGUGCCACUUCAAUAAUGUCUGGAAAAACAAAAGCAGGUGUUUUUGUUGUUUACAAACAGAAAAAGUGGCUUUUUUUUUUUUGUAUCACAAGUUGUUUUGAGAAGGAGUUGGUGAAUUAGAAUCAGGCAGUAAAAAAUGCAACAGAUUCUUUUAAUAGUUAAGAAGAUAAUAUAAUAAAAUUCUAAUAAUGUUCUAAAAAAGAUUAUUCUUUGUAUGUUUCCAUGCUUCUGUCACCACUAUUUGAGAUACGCUUUUACACUAUUACUUUUGAAUGACUGUAAAUAUGAAACUUGCCUAUCCUCUAGUUCUGUCUUACUCUGUUGGUUUUACAAGUUACUUUGAAAAAGUCUGGCCGUAUCAAAUUAAAACGUGUCAUCAGUGA